CCUGUCCUGUCCCCUCCCGUUCCGCGGGCUCAGAGCCGCUCCCCGCUCCGCAGGGCUCCCCGAGGAGCUGAGCCCCCCCGGCCAUGCCGGUCCCCGCCGAUGCGGGGCGAGCCCCCGGCCCGCCGGACGGUGGCUGGGGCUGGGUGGUGGUUUUCGGCGCCUUCGUUUCCAUCGGCUUCGCCUACGCCUUCCCCAAAGGCUUGGCCAUCUUCUACAAAGAAAUCCAGGAUUUCUUUGGCACGUCCUAUAGCGAGAUCGCCUGGGUCUCCUCCAUCAUGCUGGCCACGACGUACGGUGCAGGUCCCAUCAGCAGCAUUUUGGUGAACCGCUAUGGCAGCCGCCCCGUGGUCAUGUUUGGGGGUCUCCUGUGUGGUGUGGGGAUGAUCUCAGCUGCCUUCUGCACCAGCAUCCUGCAGCUCUACAUCUGCGUGGGCUUCAUCACAGGAUUUGGCCUUGCUCUCAACCUUCAGCCAUCAGUGAUAAUCAUCGGGAAAUACUUCUUGAAGAGAAGACCCAUUGCCAAUGGCCUUGCUAUGGCAGGGAGCCCUGUGAUGCUCUGCACCCUGGCACCUCUCAACCAAUUCCUUUUYGACAAUUUUGGCUGGAGGGGCAGCUUUUUGAUUCUUGGGGCAAUUUUAUUAAACUGCUGCGUGGCAGGAGCUCUCUUCAGACCCAUCGGGGCAGGCACAGCGCCGGCCAAAACCCAGGUGCCUGAGGAAGGGAARAAUGCUCUGAAAGGAAAGAUCACUGAAGAUGGUGUGGAAACGAGUGGUCCCCCAAAUGUCACAGAAGAGGAAGGAGGAAAGGACUGCUUUGAAAAAGUCAACCAGUACCUUGACUUUUCCCUCUUUAAACACAGAGGGUUCUUGAUUUACCUGAUCGGAAACGUGCUCAUGUUCCUGGGAUUCUUCGCCCCCAUCGUUUUCCUGGCGCCUUACGCGAAGCACACCGGCAUCGACGAAUACUCGGCCGCUUUCCUGCUCUCCAUCCUGGCCAUCGUGGACAUGGUGGCUCGCCCCACCACGGGCAUCGUCGCCAACAGCCGGUGGGUGAGGCCGCGCAUUCAGUACUUCUUCAGCUUCGCCAUCGCCUUCAACGGCGCCUGCCACCUGCUGUGCCCGCUGGCCUCCAGCUACACGGGGCUCAUCGUCUACUCCAGCUUCUACGGGCUGGCCUUYGGCAUGGUGUGCGCCAUGCUCUUCGAGACGCUGAUGGACCUGGUGGGCGCCGCGCGCUUCACCAGCGCCGUGGGGCUGGUCACCAUCGCCGAGUGCUGCACCAUUCUGCUGGGACCGCCCAUCGGGGGAAUUCUUAUUGAUACCUUCGGGGACUAUAAAUAUAUGUUCAUUAAAUGUGGAGCUGUGAUGGUCCUGGCAGGAACCUUUCUGUUCAUCAUGAAUUAUUACAAUUACCGUAUGCUUGCCAAGGAGGAGAAGGAAAGAAAGGCAAAAGAAGAGGAUCCUAAAUCUGUAAGGACAGAAAAUGAAGGCAAAAAUAACUGGAACAAAGACUCUGCACAGGAUGGGCGUGAGCUGGAACCUUUGAGAAAGGAAGGAGAAGGAGUAAAGAAGGAAAUGAAUGGCACAAAUGAAUUUUAAAGUUGUUCACAUGGGCUGAAUGGGAAAUGACUUCUGGGUUGUUCAAGUGAGCACCAGCUGUGAAAUCACCUAGGUUUUUAAAUUUUACUCUGUUCUCUACCAUGUGCAUCCUCUAUUGUAGAAGAAGACUAGGACAGAAACAAGUCCUGAUUUUAUAAACUGCUGGGACACUGCAGUAUCCACACACAUACCAAAGGUCCUGCAAGAUUUUCCUUUAGGUAUUUCCCAUUUCCCAGAGAAAUGGAAAGAUGAUGUUGUGCAGGGGGCCAGCACAAGGGUGACGUGCUACAGGAGUCCUUCUUCAGGUGCUUUGUCUGUGUGGGGCAGAAAUUUAGUCUUAAAGGGCUUAACCCUUGAUCUACAUUAGAACAGUGCAAAUUUAAAUUUUCCCUAGGACGCUACAGAGUCCUUAUUAUCCAAUUUCUGAGURCCUUACCAUUUCUAGCUUGCUUUUUCUCUACAACACCCUGGUGAGGCAGUAAGUGUUGCCACUAUUAAUUAAUUGCACAAAUGAAGAACUGAAGCACAGAGGAGCUUUGGGCAUCAUUGCAUCAGUGAGUAAAGCUCAGGUGUGCCAGAGCUGAAAUGGAAUCCACUGCCCUGAGUUACAUGCCUGAAAGCCCUGCUGAGCACAGGCUAGAAAAUAGGGAGUACCAUGGAUAGUGGUGCAUUAAACCACAGCCCUCUCUGCAGUGCACUCUGCUCACCAUGUGCCUCGUGCCACCCAGAAUUUGGGAUUUUAAACACUGUCUCAGAGCUGAGAUCUUGUGCCAUAUUUUUUUAAACUGCUUAAGUUGCAUCCAUGCUGGAGAGAAUCCAAACCCAGCUGCCUCCCCCUUUGGGCUGGAACAGGUUCCUCCCUGGUGCUGGGGCUGCAAUCCCUGCUGGCCUCGUGCCACCUUUCUGCUUUAAUAAAGUUUCCCCAGGUCAGUGAUGCAGAGGUGGAGCUGAGGCCAUGCAGGAGGCUCUCAUCCUGUGGUGAAGAUGCUGAGCUGGGAAGAUCUGAUCUCUGGUGUGUUUUGUACCAAGCAGCCCAAGGGUCAUGGAUGCUGAACGUGACAUCAUGCGGUUGAAUYAUCAGACUUCUGUGGAUUUUUGUGGAUUUGAUUAGAUAAAAACAAGGACUUUUCUGGCAGAUCACCCAAAUCCAAAGCUAAAACCAGUCCAAAGGCUAGUUCUUCUUUUUCUUCACUUCAAAGGUACCCACAUGUGAUCAGAUAAUACUUUUUCAUGAUGUUGUCRUUGAAGAACUGUAUUUAAUUGUCACUUGUGUACACACUAGGAAGCAAGGUUUGUAAAAAUACUUUCAUAAAUACACUGUACUCUUAAAAUUAGAUCAUKCAUAUCUUCUCGUACAAAACUGUUUUGGUCAAUUCUUUUGUUUCUUUGAAGAAGAGUGUUCUUUGGCCAUUGACUUCAGUAGGACUUAAAUUUUACCCUUAUGUAAUUUAUAUCUCAUAUUUUCUCUGAAAAAAACAAAAUCUAUAUUAUCUAAUUAGGCUUUCAGUGCUGUAUUUUUAAUACCCUUUAUUUCUGUCAAAUACAUCUGUGAUAUUUCAUUAAAAAAGAAGCUUGUGAAUAUUUYCCAAUAUGCCUUCUGGAAGCUGUCAUAUACUAAUAAAGCUAUUUUUAAAARUUAAAU